AUGGACGUGGACAAUAUGGACGAUAUACGUGUCUCUCAAAGCGAGCUGCCCGGGGCUGACAACGCCCUCGUAGCCGCCUUGCAGUCCCGAGUGAACUACUACGAAACCUUGGGUCUUGGCGAACGAUGCCUCGACCCGCGUCCACGCGUCGCAGAAAUGGACGCUGAACUACUAUCCGUGGAUACAGUGCUUGCGGACUUUCGACGCCGGCGUAACUCCCUCAUCCCCGCUUCCGCAUGCCCUCCCGAGGUCUUGUCAUCAAUCUUCCGCUCUCUCGCUCAUGAAGAGCCGAACUACCACCCAGACCCAGAAGAUUACUUGGCCGUUGUGACGCGCGAGCGGGGUCCGCGCUUGGGAUGGCUGAAAGCGACUCAAGUCUGCCACAGCUGGCGAGCCGCCGCCUGUAUGGACGGUGCGCUUUGGACUAUGAUCACGACUACCCUGGGGAUGGAGUACGCGACCAAGAUGCUCCAGUUGAGUAGGAGUCUUCCGCUCAGCUUGGAUAUUGUGCUGGACAAAAGGAACCUCGAUCCUGCCGCCGCGAUGUCGAUGAUUGAAGGCCACGUCGGACGACUUUCGCGACUGCAGAUCCUGUGCGAUGGCCACAACAGACAAUCCCUUACGAAACUUUGCCAUCAACCCGCCCCACAACUGCGGUCUCUUCUCAUCUUUACUCGUGGAUUUGAGAGUUUCCCAGACCCCAACCUCUUCGCCGGGCAAAUGCCUUCACUUGACAAGCUCUAUCUACGCAACGCCAUGAUGCCGCUGGAUACCCUGCGUGGGCUAGCGAGACUCACUCAGUUAACCCUCAUUACCGACGCCGGUACCUCAGGAUCAAUCGCAUUCGGCAAGUUUGCCGAACUUCUGUCCGCUCUACCCAACCUCGAGGCACUCUGCGUCAAGAACUUCAUAAUGGAUGUGACGGAAGCGGACGUACCCUUAGGUCCCACAACUCCGAUCAACUGUUCUCGCCUUGUCGACAUCACCUGCCAUCCAUACAAUGCCAACGCUGCGAUGCUCCUUCUCAGUCGCCUUUCGCAUCAUCCCAGUGCCAGAAUCAGCCUCGCUGGCUGUUUCACCGUCAGAUGGCGAGGGGAACACAUCGACCAGAUACUAGCCUUGCUACGGCUUCAUCUGGAGAGCCUCUCAUCGCGCGCUGACAUACACACCGUGGAAUGGCGUAGUUUCGGCUACGCUCGGAUACCUCUCCCCGAUCCGGAAGACCAGGUCGACGCAGUCCACGAGCGCACACUCGUACUCUCGGCUUGGCGAGAGAAUAACGCAGAUUAUCUUCUUGCGGACCACGAGGGGUACAAUGCGCCGCCUCGACCCGAUUUUACCUUGACUUUAGGAUGGGAAGCCCAUACCUCGUCGGAGGUGGACCCGGAAGUCCUACUUCCUUGGCCAACUCUCUUCUCCUCCGCCCGAAGCGUCUCGCUGCAGACCUCGAAGUACCAGUCGUUUAACGUCUAUGAUUGGGGGAGCACCAUCGGGAACCUCUCCCAUCUGGAGUUCCUCCGCGUCGACAGAGAGCUUGCAGAGAGCUUUCUGCAGAAUAACGUCUCGUGGCUUAUGGCGGCAGUACCCCGAGCUCUCAAAGUUCUCGCUGUGUUGGGCGUCUCCUUUGGCACAAGCCCUGGGGUAGACAACUCCCCUGACCGAUGCUUGGCGGAUAUCUGGAGCAUUGUUCGUGAGGAGGGUGGUGUGUUGGAGAAGGUCAUAGUGGGCGACCUGAACUACGAGGGUGGAGAUUUCGAUCCAUGUGUGGAGCAGGCUGGGGUGCGGCUGACCGGUAUCGCGCGCCCAGCAUGGCUUCGCGAGGGCCACGAGGAUCAUGAUGAUCGUACUGAGCUGUGA